AUGUAUACUAGUCUGUUUCAAUCUAUCACAGUCUGUUUAUAUCUAUGUUUAGGUCACUGCCUAUUCCGAUGCGUUCAUACCUACCCAUUUCUUCUCUCUUCUGUCUGUAUGUCUCUCUCUGUCUCUCACUUUCUCUCUGUCUCUCUUCUCUCUGCCUAUCUAUCUAUCUAUCUAUCUAUCUAUCUAUCUAUCUAUCUAUCUAUCUAUCUAUCUAUCUAUCACAAUGUAUUCUUAUCUCGUCCCGGUUUAUUAAUUAAUUUCUUUCUUUCUUUCUUUCUUUCUUUCUUUCUUUCUUUCUUUCUUUCUUUCUAUCACAGUCUAUUCAUAUCUAACUAUUCAUAUUUAUCUCUCUAUCUCUGUUUAUUCAUAUCUAUCUAUCUAUCUAUCUAUCUAUCUUAUUUCAUCUAUUCAUAUCUAUCUGACUCUAUUCAUUAUCUAUCUAUCUAUCUAUCUAUCUAUCUAUCUAUCUAUCUAUAA